AUGACCAGUUUUGUUGAUAGGUACAAGAACAGACCACAGAAACAACCACUACUUAAUCUUUGUCUUGCCAGUUUUUGUUCUGAGUACAGAGUUUUGACAAAAUCAGAAGUUUUGUCACAAAAACAAAAUGCAGAAACGGAAGUUAUUAAACUUGAUAAUAACUGUGGUUAUGUGAAACAAAGAACACGUACCGAGCCAGCUGUUGUCAGAUAUCCGAGAUUUUCGCCCACAAAAGAUCCAGAAAAAUACUAUCAUUCACUAUUGCAGCUUUUUCUACCACAUUAUGAUGACUGUCACUUGAAGCCAAGCAACUAUGAGACAUAUGAGGAGUACUACAACAGUGGUGUCAUAAAAACUAAUUCUGGAAUGAAAAAUGUGAAAUUAAUUGUUGAUUGCAACAGAGAAUUGUUUGAAAAGGACUCUGAUAAAUUAGAGUGAGCUAAACAGCUUUUGGAGCAGGAUAUAGAUUUAGAGGAUGCUUGGGCUGCAAUAUGUCCUGAAACUGAAAGAGAACGUCACGAAUGUAUGGAACUGAUGAAGAAUAAAGUAUUGCCUGAUGAAGAUAACACUCAAAACCUUAUUCCAGAUCUUACAGGAAACCAACAAACUAUUUCUACUGUAGAAACAAACCAUACCACACUGCAUAGAAAUGAAGGGUUACAUUUACUGCGAUCCUUAAAUGAGGAACAGUCUGACAUAUUCUAUAAAGUUCGUCAGUGGUGUUUACAAAAAGUACUUGGACAAAACCCUGAACCUAUCAGACUGUUUAUUACUGGUGUAGCAGGCACAGGGAAAAGUCAUUUAAUUAAGGCAAUACACUAUGAGUCUUGCAGACUGUUAUCUCAGCUGUCUGAAAAUCCUGAUGAUGUUACUGUGCUUUUGACAGCUUCGACAGGAGUAGCAGCCUUUAAUGUUGGUGCUUCAACUGUUCAUAAUACAUUUUCAAUUGGUGCAAACGUCAGAUUGCCAUAUCAACCGCUUAGUGAUGACAAAAUAAAUUCUUUACGUAUCAAAAUGGGUAACCUGCAAAUUUUGAUUAUUGAUGAAGUCUCUAUGGUUGACCAUCGUCUGUUGUCAUACAUUCAUGGAAGGCUGCGACAAAUAAAACAAACUGGUGAUUACUCUUUAUUUGGAAAAGUCAGCAUUAUUGCUGUGGGUGAUUUCUAUCAGUUACCACCUGUGAAAGGAACUGCUCUUUAUGCUGAUUCAAAAGGAGUCAACCUAUGGGAAAGCAACUUUGAGCUUGCUGAAUUAACUAAAGUUGUUAGACAGCAAGAUGCAUCUUUUGCUGGAAUGUUAAAUCGCCUGAGAGUGCAUAAGAAAAGUGAAGAUCUUACCACUACUGAUAUUGCUGUGUUGAAAAAAUGUGAAACUGGGGAGAAAUGUAAUGACCUUCACAUAUUUGCUACUAAUAGCGAGGUUGAUAAAUAUAACAUUGAAAGACUACAUGAGUGUUGUCCAGAUGCAAUUAGUAUAAAUGCUCAGGAUUAUAUCAGAAACUCAAAAACUGGAAGAAUGGAACGUAAAGUUGGAUACCACGCUACAGUUUUCAACUCAUGUCUAUCUAAAUGCAUUUCCCUGGGUGUUGGUGCAAGGGUUAUGCUAAAGAAAAAUAUUGAUGUUGCUGACGGUCUUGUCAAUGGAGCUUUUGGUACAGUUGUCCACAUAAGUGAAAGUCAGAAAAAAGGUGAAGAUAAUGAUGAUUUCCCAUCAGCUAUUCAUGUGGAGUUUGAUAAUCCAAUUGUUGGGAAAAUUCAAAGAUGCAAAAAACGUUACAUGCUUUUUCCAAAUUCAACUGUAAUUGAAGUACAAGAAGACCAGGUCACAAAUGCUGGUGGCAUUAGACGGCAAUUUCCACUCAGAUUAGCAUGGGCUUGUACAGUUCACAAAGUACAAGGACUCACGGUAGAUAAAGCUGUCGUUUCACUUAAUAAAAUCUUUACAGCAGGACAAGCAUAUGUUGCUUUAAGCCGUGUAAGGUCUCUUAGUGGAUUAAUCAUUGAGGACUUUAAAGAAUCUGUCAUAUUUUGUAAUUAAAAAAUUGAGUUGUCGUUGAAAGAUAUUACAAAAAUAAAUUUGAAAAAGUACAGUUUAAGUAAAUCCUUUGGUAUGUUUAGAAUAGCACUGCUUAAUGUGCAAAGUCUAAAAGCUCACUUUCAGGAUGUCCUGUCACAUACAGUUCUGAUGAACGCUGAUUGUAUUUGUUUGACAGAAACAUGGCUAAAUGUUAAUGACCAAGAACCACAGAUACCAGGAUAUGUGUUCUCACACAACCCAAGAUCUAAG